CACACACACACAAUCUCUCUCCCAGUCUGAUCCCGGCGCUGCUCCUCUCUGUGCUCUCAUUCUGCAGAUCGAGCCUCUUCAGGACUGAGCUGCAGGAACCUGACUAAUCCCUCCACCGCCUCCACUCUUCAGACUAACCUCAGGUAACCCCCGAGCCACAUAACCAUGGCAACCCCAUUCACCCGCAUGAUGUCUGGCCGCAACACGGCAGUGAUGUUGGCCAGCCUGGGAGCCGGGGCUCUGGCAUCAGGAUACCUCCUCACCGACAGCACUGCUGCUGCAGACAGGAAGAAGCUCUAUCCACCUAGUGCUGACUUUCCCGACCUGAGGAAGCACAAUAACUGCAUGGCAGCGGCCCUUACCCCCGCCAUAUAUUCACAUCUGAGGGACAAGACAACCCCCAGCAACUGGACCCUGGACCAGUGCAUCCAGACGGGGGUGGACAACCCCGGACACCCUUUCAUCAAGACCGUGGGCAUGGUGGCUGGAGAUGAGGAAAGCUACGAGGUGUUUGCAGAGAUCUUUGACCCUGUUAUCAAGGACAGACACAACGGCUACGACCCCCGCACAAUGAAACAUCCCACUGACCUGGAUGCUUCCAAGAUCACAUCAGGAAUGUUUGAUGAUCGCUAUGUGCUGUCAUCUCGUGUCCGAACCGGCCGCAGCAUCCGUGGGCUGAGUCUGCCCCCUGCGUGCUCACGCUCUGAACGUCGCGAGGUGGAGCGUGUGGCGGUGACAGCCCUGGCUGGCUUAAAGGGAGACCUUGCUGGUCGCUACUACAGUCUGGGAGACAUGACAGAAAAAGAGCAGCAACAGCUUAUUGAUGAUCAUUUCCUUUUUGAUAAACCAGUCUCGCCCCUCCUCACCUGUGCCUUCAUGGCCCGUGACUGGCCCGACGCAAGAGGCAUUUGGCACAACAACGAGAAGACCUUUCUCAUCUGGAUCAAUGAGGAGGACCACACGAGGGUCAUCUCUAUGGAGAAGGGAGGAAACAUGAAGAGAGUGUUUGAAAGGUUCUGCAGAGGGCUAAAACAGGUGGAGCAGCUGAUCCAUGAAAGAGGCUGGGAGUUCAUGUGGAAUGAGCGUCUGGGAUACAUUCUCACCUGCCCCUCUAAUCUGGGCACUGGACUCAGGGCCGGUGUGCACGUCCGCCUGCCCCACCUCAGCAAGGACCCCCGCUUCAGUAAGAUCCUCGACAACCUGAGACUACAGAAGAGAGGCACAGGUGGAGUCGACACAGCUGCUACUGGAGACACCUUCGACAUCUCCAACAAUGACCGCCUGGGCAAGUCAGAGGUUGAGCUGGUCCAGUUGGUGGUUGAUGGUGUCAACUACCUAAUUGAAUGUGAGAAGAGGCUGGAGAGAGGUCAGGACAUCAAAAUCCCAAGCCCCAUUGCUCAGUUCAGGAAGUAAAUGAGUGAAACCCGCCGCUAAUCCUGAAGAUCCUGUGGGACAAAGCAGGACCUCCAACCGCUGGUUGCCGAAACGUUGGUCUUAUAUGUACAAGAUAUUCAUGGCAUGUAUCGGAUUACAUUGAAAGAACAGUAAACGCAUUACGUGUACAUGAAUACUAUAUAAAAUAAACUCCUUUUAUGAAUCCA